AUGGCCAAGGAUGCGAAAUUCCAGACUGACCAUCUCUUCGAGCUCCAGAUCGUCAAGAUGCUGUUGCGAACCGCGUACACGGGCGGCCUGCCCAAGGUGGACAAGAAAGCUGCCACGCAGCCCAUCGAGGCACCCAAGAUUACCGAGGAGAACAUCCUCACGGGGUGGCAUAAACGCUACCCCUCCAACAUCGAUCUGAACCCGGUUCAUGACCCAUCCGUCAAGGGCAUGCCGGAAAACUAUCGCCCCCCCGAAAACACCCCUGCCGACCGGGUGAUGACAGCACUAGGCGACUGGGGCAACCUGCAGAACCUAGUUGCGACCACGGGUAUGCUCAGCGGCGCGCCGGAGAACCACAAAGUGGCCGCCGAGAAGAUUGAAGCGACAUUCCAGGGGAUCUUCUUGGUGUUUGAGUACAUCAACAACCCCAGGCUUGAGCCCGUUUGGCGGCAGGCAUACAAGGGGUUCAACCAGGAGGUCGUCAACAUGGAUCUCCAUAUGCCCGAGCUCAAGGGGAUGAAGGCAAUCUGGGAGGAGCUGUGGCCGGCUUACCAACGAGUUGUCGCACAGAGGGCGUACGACUGGGUGCUUACAACCUCGGACAUGAUUGAGAGGGAUAUUGUCUAA